AUGGCACAACCACCGCCUGCAGGAUGGCUCGACAUCCACGGUCACUUCCAACCUCCAAUGUCGAGCGAAGAAGCCCAAAACAGCCUUAAGGUAUUUUCGCGUGCCAAGUUCAUCCUUAAUGAACCAGCAGCAUGGAGUGCAGAAGAGGUGCUGCGAUACAACGAUACCGCCAACGUCCGCAUGCAGAUGCUGUCAUUUCUUCCAACAACCCAUGACCGACUGAAACGAGCAAAUGACUUUGGCGCCGCCAUCGUCGAGAAAUACCCAGCUCGAUUCGGUCUUCUCGCCGCUUUGCCAACAGACAACCCAGCAGCCUGCGUCGCCGAGAUCCGUCGUGUCACCAGCACAUUCCGCACCCCGCCCGAUGGAUUCGCAACCACGACCGUAUACAAUGGCGUCUCUCUCGCAGACCCAAAAUUGGAACCAGUGUGGACAGAGCUCAACGCCCGACGGGCGGUGGUUCACAUCCACCCGAACGCAAUAGCUCCAUCUGCAACAGAGCUUCCCACGCCACUAGUUGAGGUGGCAUUCGACACCACACGAACAGUGAUCAGCAUGCUCUACAGCGGGGUCUUUCGCAAGUUCCCCAAUAUCCAGUUCGUCGUGGGCCACUGCGGAGCCGCGCUUCCCGCGCUCUCAGGCCGGGUCGAGCUGCUGGGCACGGAAAAGUGGGUCGCAAAUCCAAAUCACAUCACCCGCGAAGAAAUCAAAACUCAGCUGGGGCGAUUAUAUGUGGACACUGCAGCCACCGCGAAGUCCGGGCUGGUCCCCGCGGUGCAGAUGUGUGGAGUUGGGCGUUGUGUGUAUGGGGCUGAUUGCGGUGUGUCGUGCUCGACGGAGGCGACGAUGGAGGAGAACCGGCACGAUGUUCAAGUCUUUGAGAGGGAGAUGAGCAUUCCGGUUAAUACGAUUGGCGAGAAUGGGUGGAAACUCUUCCCCGCGGCGGCGAAGCGGGCUGGUUCUUCCUACGAUACUUGA